AUGAACAGACUUUUCGGAUCGAAGUCUACAGCUCCAAAGCCAACCCUCAACGAUGCGAUAAAGAAUAUCGAUGAUAGAGUGGGCUCUUUCGAUGUGAAACUCUCCAAGAUCAAUGCAGAACUCUCUACUUAUCAGCAAAAGAUUGCCAGAAUGAGGGAUGGACCUGGGAAAUCGGCAUUGAAACAAAAGGCAUUGAAGCUCUUACGACAAAGAAAGCAAAUCGAGGCACAAAAGGAUCAACUCGAAAACCAGUCUUGGAACAUGACUCAGGCAUCCAUGACUACUGAUAACUUACAGAAUACAAUGAUAACGGUUGAUGCCAUGAAGACAGCCAACAAGCAAUUGAAGAAAACGUAUGGUAAAAUCGACAUUGAUAAGAUCGAAGCCUUGCAAGAUGAAAUGCUUGAUUUAAUAGAUAAGCUGAAUGAAUUACAGGAAUCCUUGCUGAUGAGCAACGACUUGCCUGACGAUAUUAGUGAGAGUGAGUUAGAUGCUGAGCUAGAUGCCUUGGGCGAGGAAAUGGAUUUCGAAAAUGAAAUGAGUGAAAGUGGCUUGAGCAUGCCUAGCUAUUUGAAUAGUAGUGAGCCGGUUGGCAGUGAGAGUUUACCAACAUUUAUUGAUGAAAGUGAGGAGAACCCAACCAAAGUUGCUAAUUAG